AUGAAGGAUGAGGCGGCUCAUUACAUGACAGUUUUUAAACAAUUAGAUUCAGAAAAUGAAUUAGGGUUUAGUUCACGAACCAAUAGUCCUACACCUCCAUCUAAAACUCGUCGUGCUCCGCAAGAUAAAAUUGAAAAAGAGAAUGAUAGAAAUCAACCUGUUAAUCCUCUUGUUAGUCUUGAUGAUGUUGCUGAUCAAACAGAUCGUCUAAAUCAUCAACAUAAUCAAAGUUCUUUACCAUCUACAACUACUGACGACUGA